CACACAAAGAGCCAAACCCUGAGCUGAAGCUGUGAGUUAACAGACUAUCAGCCUUGGGAAAGAUCCUACUCUCCAUGCAGGUCUCUUGGGAGCAGCAUGCCACAGGAAUUUGGCCUCAAGGAGACAAAGCCAUGGCAACAACAAACUGUACCCUUGAUGAGCCUCAGCCUAAAAGAAGGCAAGAUCUCCAAGAGAUGCUGACAGAAGUGGGGCUGUCUGUUGAAUACUGGCUGCCUAAGCUUCAGGAAGACCUGGGCGUGACCUGUGUCCAGGCCUUACAACACUUAAAAGAAAAAGACCUCCAGAAGCUGAAGUCCCAGACACAACACACAUGGGAGAAAAAGGCCCUAGAGAAGCUGCUUGACCUCUCACAGCCAAAUAGUGUUGCAGAGUCCCAGGAGACUCCAGGACAGAUGAUAAAGAACAGGCAGGGGCAAGCAGGACAGGCACUGCAGGAACUGAGGGCCUUGCAGUCACAAGGGAAGCACAGACAGGAAGAGGCAGUGAGGAGGAAAGAAGCAGAGCUGAGACAAGCAAUGGAGAUCCCUGAAGAGUGCUGGCCUGGACCCGAAGUGCCCCUAAAAGACGUCACUGAAACAAUGGAGAGACAUCUCAGUCACAUAGAACAGACACUGGCAAACAGUGAAAAUCUCGCAGAUAGAGACCUGGUAAGAUGGGCAUCUGGAGGGUUGGCCCUGCAAGGAAUUUAUAAGACCAGCGACCAAAGAAGCCUGAUUCAGAAGAAAGAAGAGCUACUCAGUGUCCCUAUGGAGUUUUCGCUUGUUGGCCCAGAGCACGGCACACGGAUGGAAACAAAGGAAUUUUCCUCUUUUCAAGAACAAGCUAUGUUCACACAGACUAUGGAGAAGGUGGGCUUCAGUCCAACCUUCUCAGCUAAAGGAGAAGGCUGGGGACUUAAUCUAGAAGCUGGUAUGGAUCAAAGCAGACAUACAGAAUCUGGGGAUACUCAACAAUCACAUUCAAAGCAGUCUUAUUUCUGCUCAGCCAAGUUUAGCUACAUCCCACUGGCCACCUGCCACUUUCCCAUCCAUCAGCUUCAACUCUCCAAGGCUGCGCUCCAAGAGCUAAAAACUAUUGACGAACUCCUGAAUCAAACGACACACUCAGACAGAUUCCCCUUAAUGAAGCACAGGGCUGAAAACUUUUUUCACAGGUUUGGCUCUCAUGCUAACCAAGGCCCACUGCACCUGGGGGGAAUCUACUGUUGGAAGGCCAUUUCAGAGGGUUUCAAAAGAGAGCAAUUGGCCGAUGUAAAGCAGCAGGCAGAAGACUCCUUGAAUAUUUACAUAAGGGGCAGCUAUGGUGGCUUUGGAGUUAAAGCUGGUACAACCGUGAAUAUGUCAGACUUGCAUGCAAAAACAGUAUCUUACAGUUCAACUCAUCAAAACUUUCAAACAAAGGUGAAACUCUCUGUUGCCCAGAUAGGUGGACCAGCAGAAGCAGAUGGAAUUGCUCAGUGGACAGCCGGUCUUGUUGCUAGCAAUCAAUCAUGGUCUGUCAUUGACCGGGGACUUCAGUUGGUACCUAUUUGGGACAUCAUCCUCUCUAGCCACAGAAGUGAUUUUAAGGAUGCCCUUCAAGUGGCUAACUGCCUGAAAGACAGCUACACUGCCCUGACUGGACUCACUGCCCAGAUUCAAGAAGGAGAGGAAUUUCUUACUGCUGGAAAAGAAGCUAGACUUUUCCUAGAGGAUGUGAAAUCCUGGGAAGUAUCUGAUCCUGAAGAACAGCUUAAUAAGUUGAUAGACUUCAUGCAAACAUUGAGUCAAAAAAUAAAAAGUUAUAACAUUUGGAUUAAUACAUGCCUCACAGAUUGGGAUCUGCAGAAUUUUCUAAUAAACACUGUCAACUUUUGCAAAAAUUCUCCCACUUACAAAACUCAGUUUAUUAAAUCUCAGUUCCGCAGCCUUCUAGAACCUCAUGUCUACAAAGUAACAAACUUUCCUCAGGCACAAUCCAUUAUACAAUGGAUCAAUCAGUCAGAGUCAGAAGAAGAACAAGUCAAAAUUCCCUCAUUUUCUGAAUUCAUUAAAAACUUAGAGAAAAUCCACAAAAACCUAAUGGAAGUGAAUAUAAGAAAUGAGUCCCCAGAAACAGUGGAAGAAGCUAAAAGAAUGGCUACAUAUGAGGUGACCACAGCUCUUGGCUCCUUCUUGAAGUACCUCAGAGAAACAGAGCAACCAGACAUACAGCUGAUGUUACUCUCCAUUGCAGCUGGUGCAGGCUAUCAGCUGGAAAACAAUAUUUUUCAGCAUCUUCUGGGGUGUAAUGAGUUAAACUUCCUGUUGGAUCAAAUGCAAGCUAUCCAACACAAAUACCAAGAACUUAAAAAUAUUUGCAGCUACAGAGGACAGGCAUUCCUGGUGUUCACAGCUCUCAGAGCCACAGUGGAAAUCACAGAUAUUUCUACAGAAGAGAAAAGACAACGUUUGACAUUAAUAAAACAACAUAUGGGACAACUGUUGUCUGAAGAAGUUGCACAUGUUCUCACAAAACAUGGAGCACAUCAUGAUUGGGAAAAUCUGGAGAACGAUUUGAGAUUACUCAUUGAUGGGGACUAUAAAGCCACCAUUCCUUCCUUGAAAAUGGAUGAGGUAAAAAAACAAUUGCAAAGUCUUUGCCCUGAAAAGAAAGAGACUUAUAAACAACAAAAUAAUGAAAACGACAAAAAGGAUAUGAUAGAAAAAGGACCUUUCCUAGACUUACUCCAGCGUCUAGGUCUAGAACAUCACUACCCUAAAAGGAUGAGUAGAGCUGACUUCCAUUUGAUCUACAAGACUUCUGUGUACAAUACACAGCCAAGAUCUGAACAGGAACUUCCCUUCUAUUUCCUACAAAAACUACUGAUGCUAGAUUGUGGGUUCAGACAUCUGGUCUUCAAAAAUGACAAAAACAUAGAAAACCAGAUCUCUGUAGUUUCUUUCGAUCAUGAAAAUGAAGAUUUUGAUCCAUAUGAAGAUAUCAUUAAAGAAAAUGACAGUCUUACCUAUCCUUCAUCCACUGAGUCCUGGACCCACAUUCACCCAAUGGACAUCCAAAUGGCCAUUUUUCACUGCGCAGAUGAUCUUGCCAGGCAAUAUAUUUUGUCCAAACUUUCCAUUUGUCAAUUUGCACUCCCUCUUGUGGUGCCAAAUCCCACCACUUCUCAGGUUGAAUUUUCUCUCUGGUCUCUCAGACAAAUUAGGAGAAGCUGGCAAAAUGAAAGUAAAUCACUACAGGACAAGAGCUACAGUCACAAGAAUCAGCAGAUGUGCCGUGUUUCCACUCCCAUUGUGUCCUUCAUUAGAGUUGGAAAUGGCCUCUCUGCUUCCAAGUCUCAGAUCAUGAACUCUCUCCUCAGUAAACAUAAGCAUGAUGUGUUUUUUCACAGACACUGCCGAGGAAGCAGCAAAGACAGUCUUUUGAUGGAAGGAGUGGUGGAGAUCUGCUGGUUCUGUCCUGGGGGCCAAGGCGAGGACAGAUUUGACAAGUGUGUGACCUUCACCAAUCUUCAUGGAGAUGCCAAGGAACACAGACAACAACUCAGCUUCCUGCAGGAUGUCUCUUCUCUCAUCGUGAUCCACAUGUCAGCUUCUGAUGACAAUAAAGAAAAUCAAAAACUUGUCAGACACCUCUGUCAGUCAUCAAGACCUCUAAUAUGUUUGAUUGAUGACAAAGAAAAGCUCAUAGCCAAUAAUUCUGGUAAAAGAAUGAGAAUUGGCAUCAGGAAUAGAAAUGAGGCAGAAUUAACAGAGGAACUCACAAGUGCCAUCAAACAUUUUCUAGAACUCUCUAAUACUGCUUUCAGCUUAGAGGACUGUUCACAGAUGGCUCAAAAACAAGGAUUCCUUAUUGAUGAGGACCAGGAAAACUGCAAGGAAGCCAAAGAAAAGGCACAGACUAUAAUGGCCCUCCUGGAGGAAUCCAAGUUAUCACAGACAAAAGAAAAUUUAUUACCCCUUCAGGGACAACUUUGGCACCUUUGGUGCAAGAAGGACAAAGAAUUCUAUCAUCUGAGAGAAAAGGGGAAUCGGAGCAUUGAACAACACAAGAGUGAGAUUGAGACAGAUAAAAAAAUAAUUCGAUGUCGGCAACUGGAAAAAGCCUUUCCUCUCAAUGAUUUAAUGCGCUCUGUUCUUGAAGUUCUCCAAGAAUACUCAGAAACUCAUGACAAACUCUACUUUUUGCAGUGGCUAAGUCUGUUUUUUGACAACCUGACUACAGAACACCUAGAAAAGUUGCAUGAAAAGCAAAGAUCUUUGUGGUUAAUGGCACAAAGAGAAAAACAAAAAGCACCAAAGAGCAGCUCCCUGACACUCUGGCAGAAGCAGAUAGAAGCCAUCUCUACUGAGAUUCUUAACUGCACUUUAGGAAUUGAGCACCUUCUCCGAGAAGUUGGCCAGAUCUAUGAAGCUCUGGAAGAAACUUCCUCCUCUAGAGAUAGCCUUUUCCUCUGCCUCCCCCAAAUAGCUGCAGACCUGAUGGUAGCUGGUGUUCCCAUUGAGCUCAUGGAUGGGGAUGCUUCAUAUGUGCCUCUAAAGUGGGUGGCAGCUGUUUUUGACAAGAUCUCAGAGAAAGUUGGAGAUAAAAGGCUGUUUGUUCUCUCUAUCCUUGGCCUACAGAGCUCAGGGAAGUCCACACUACUGAAUGCACUGUUUGGGUUACAGUUCACAGCCAGUGCAGGCAGAUGUACAAAAGGGGCCUAUAUGCAGCUCCUGAAGGUGGAAGAAACAUUCACAGAAGAACUUGGCUUUGAUUUUGUUCUUGUUGUAGACACAGAAGGACUUCGGGCUCCAGAACUCAACAACAAAUCCCAGAAUUGGGACAAUGAAUUGGCAACCUUUGUCAUUGGCCUUGGAAACUUGACUCUGAUAAACAUUUUUGGGGAGAAUCCCUCUGAGAUGCAAGACAUCCUACAGAUAGCUGUCCAAGCCUUUCUAAGGAUGAAACAAGUGAAAAUCUCCCCUAGUUGCCUCUUUGUCCAUCAAAAUGUGGGAGAAGUUACAGCUAAAGACCAAAAUGUGGAAGGGCGAAGGUGCUUAGAACAGAGACUGGAUGAAAUGGCAGUAACAGCCGCAGAACAAGAAGAGUGCUCAAAUGUAUCCCACUUCAGUGAUGUCAUUAAGUUUGAUGUCAAUAAUCAUGUCUACUACUUUGCCCACCUCUGGGAUGGCAAUCCCCCAAUGGCCCCUCCUAAUCCUCGUUAUAGUCACAAUGUCCAGGAACUGAAGAGUGUAAUUAUUUUGACUGCCAAACAGGAAUCCAGAGGUAGCAUCAUGAAGAUCUCAGAUGUCAAAUUUAGAGUUCAAGAUUUGUGGAAAGCCCUAGUAAAUGAGAACUUUAUUUUCAGCUUCAGGAACACUAGAGAGAUCAUGGCCAUGAGCAAGCUGGAAACUAUGUAUAACCAUUGGACCUGGGAGCUAAGGAGUCACAUGUUGGACUUUCAGAACCAGCUGAUCAAUCAGAUUCAGAAUGGGAAAAUUCAGGCACUCAAAACAAGCAUAUUUGAGGCUCCAGUCACAGAAAAGUAUACAGCAAUUAAACAAGAACUUGAAAAAUAUUUUAAUGAAGAUCCAGACAAUGAAAUACUGGUUCAAUGGAAAUCAAAUUUUGAAAAUAAGCUAAUAAUCUUAAAAGAGACACUUAUUUCAGACACCAGAAGGAAAGCCAAUGAACUUGUUCAUUUGAAAAAAAAUCAAGAAAGGCUGGAUAAGAAAAAGUCAAGUUAUGCAAAUGAAUUAUUGGAAAGGAGCAGAAAGUUGGCUUUAACUGUAAAGGGUAAGGAAUUAAAUGAAGAAGAAUUACAUGAAAAAUUCGAUCAACUUUGGAAAAAAUGGGUCUGUGAUGUGUCCUCAGAUCUUCCUCCAGUCAUAGAACCUGACAUUGACACAGAUUCUGAAAACAUUCUUUGGGACUAUUUCCAAAAGGAGAUAAACAUGGUGGACAUACUAAUGAGAAAUUCUGGUGAUAAAUUUCAAAUAAAUUAUGAUGAACAUGUAAAAAUGAAUAAAAAGUAUAACUUCAUGACUAGGACACUAAAGGUCUGUGAUAGGGAAUCCAUUAACAUGACUACUGACCGUAUUAUUUCAAGAUUUAAUGAAAUGAUCAACAAUAUUCAUAGGCAACAAUGUGAUUACAAUACAAGCUAUUUCCAUGAAAUCCUGAGGAUAAUAGAAGAAGAAGUAAAAUCUGCACCUACUGAGGAAAGAUACACAUUUACAAGCAAAUAUAUCCUUGAGUUGUCAUUAUGCUUAUUCCAAAGAGCAUCUAAGAGUUUUAAGGAAAUGCACAAAGCAUUCAAGAGAGCAAAUGAUCCUGUAAACUAUCUGGAGAGGAAGAAAGAUGAUUUCUUCAUGAGUUUUAAGAUAUCCUGCCAAGGUGCCACUUCCAUCAAAACAUUUGUUGAUUUUCUUUGGCACAAGCUUACCCCUGCUAUCUCUGCCACCAUACGGGGGAAAAUGGUUAUUAAAAUUGCUGGAGCAAUGAGAGCAACCUGCCCUGCAUUCAAUGGAAACAGGGCUAACCUGGAGAAACAUAUUCUCAUUUCUCUGGCAGAAGAAGAAAACUUUGAUAAUUACUGGCAGUACCUUCAUUAUACAAAGUCCUUUUUUAGCAGCUAUAUUGAAAGCCGUAUUAAACAAUACUGUUCAGAGGAAGGAAGUCAAAAAGUAAAGACUUUUUUAAAAAUAAGUUUAGGUGACAUCAAGAAUGCCAUCCUCUCUGCCAUUCAUGAGUCCACAGCAGUAGCUAAAGAUAAAGGCAGCACUGCUUCUGGCUGGUUGGAUUUGUUCUGUGAUCACUUAGGGAGCAACCUGAUUUUUCCAAGAAAAGACCUGAUAAGCAUCGAGCACCAGGAGAUAAAGGAUACUGAAUUUCUCAAAGAAGCCAUGAGUGCAGCUUUGGAUCCUGAAAUGAGGAAAGUAGAAGAGGACUGCUCAGGGAGACCCAUAGAUGAAAUGGUUCCUGACAUUGAGAAAAUUCUCUCUGAACAUCUCUGUGGCUGCUGGAAACAGUGUCCUUUGUGUAAUGCAAUUUGUACAAACACCAUUCCCCAGCAUGAAGGAGACCACAGUGUGCCUUUCCACCGUCCUCAGGCUGUCAACGGAUGGCAUAAGCAUAAAACAGACUACUUUGUCAUUGACUGCUGUACCAGUUCAGUAGCAAGUGACCGCUUCAUGCUUUUGGGAAAUAAACGAGAAAUCUCUUAUAAGAAUUACCGGCAGGCAGGAGGGGAUUAUGCCACAUGGAGUAUUACUCCAGACUCAUCCACCCAGUCAUACUGGAAAUGGUUUGUCUCACACUUCAGAUCAAAACUAGAGGAAAAAUACCAGAAGAAAUUUACAGACACAGGUGAAAUCCCAGAGGCAUGGGCCAAAAUCACAAAGGAGGAUGUGCUCAAUGACUUGAAAGAACAAUAGUAUUCAGUGAAUAACCCAAUAUCAGACAGAGCCACAGCAUACCUAAAUACUUCUAAAACUCCUCCUCCUAACAAGAGUCUCCAAUAUUUCCAUUUAUAGGAUGAAAUGUGGAAGAGCUUGAAGCUUUCCCUGUAAAAAUGUCUUUAAUCUCUUUGUCUCAAUUUCUUCUGGUUUAAAAUCAAAUUAUCAGAGCUAGAAAGAUGGCUCAAAAGUUAUGAGCAGGUGUUGUUCCUGUAGAGGACCCAGUUCAGUUCCUAGCUUCCACUUGGCAUAUCAUAACCAUCUGUAACUCCAGGUCCAGGAAAUCUGAUGCCCUUUUCUGGCCUUACACAUGAUAUACAUAUAUAGAUGGAGGUAAUCAGAACAUAAAAAAUCAAUUACCAAUAUAUGAUCAAAUAAAAUAAAAUCCAUUUAAAAGACCUAAAUCAUACUUCAAAUCAUGGCUAUGAAUAUUUUUAUAGUAUAUACAUUUAGAGACAUUCCUGUCAGUUAAGGCAGACAUACCAGGAAGGGCAGGAAAAGAACCACCAUGGCCUGUAUAUAUAGUAAGUACAUCUGUAGCAUUCUACAUCAUUGAAUCUCAUGUCAGUUACUCACUUACAAAUGGGCUCCAAACAUUAGGAUAUAGACUAUAUAGAAGUAGAGAAUAUAGUGGGAGCUACCAUGGGCUGAGGGAAGUAUAGGAGAAAGGAGACUGUUCAAAGAACCAAAAGUCUCAGACAAAAGGAACAAGCUCUGCUAACCAUGGUUAAUAACAUACAUUUUGAAACUGCUGAAACAGUAAAUUUUAAAUGUUCUUGCACUGAAAAGUGCUUAAGAGAUGAGAUGAUGGGUAUGUUUAUUUGUUCUUAUGUUUACAUGCUUAUUUGAUCAUUCCAUAAUGUAUAAUAAUUACUGGGUUGAACCCAUUAAUAAAUAUAAAUAUCAAUAAAAACAUUAAAUUUUUUUUAAAUGUGAGUUUCUUAAGUGAAGAUCAACAAUUAUACCAAGAAGGUUUUCAGUUUUUUGUUUGUUUGAGGAAGUUAUUUUGAGGGGCUGUUUUUAUUUUGUUUGUUUUGAAACAGGGUCUCAUGUAGUCUAACCUGGCCUCAAAUUCAGUGUGUAGCUGAAGACGACCAAUAACUUUUGGUUACCAAGCCCAAUUUAUGUGGUGAUAAGGAUGAAAUCCAGAGCCUUAUUGUAUUAGACAUGCACUGUACCAAUUGAGCUGCAUAUCCAGGGAGGUUCUUGGAAGCUUUGAAAGGAUUUCUCUUCUUAGAGGGAGGGACAUAUGAAUACAAAGUCUAGGGGUUGAGACUGGCUAAGAACUACCUCCUUAAGUUUAAGAAUGCUUUUCAUUUGGAUUAUGGAGAAAAAUCUGUAAAGCACACAAUUUUUAUUUCACCUUCCCCUCAAAGUUGCAAUUCUCUUUAUUCCAACACCUCAGUAAUAUCUAAGGAAAUAAUUCAACACUUUACAUUAGUGAUGUGUUACAUGAGUUGACAAGAGAGUGGAGGAGAAGUGUGACAUUAUCCUAGAUACUAUAAUAAUCACUAGUACUACCAUUGUAAUAAUAGUACCUGUGGAAAUAUAGUCGUCUUAAAUAGUAGAUUUUGCAUGCUUUUUGAGGGGAUAAGUUAAUUCCUAUAAAUAAAAUAGAAACAGUGCAAAACAGAGAGCAAGUCUGUAUAAGCAUAAGUUAUUACAUUAUAGUACCUCUCCUUACUCAGUUCCUUUCUAACAACAACUUAUUAGGACACUCUGAAUAGGCUUAAACAGCUUCAUUCACCCCUUACUAGGAAUAAUAUUCACUAUGACUCCUUGAGAAAUCACAUUGGACGAUAUAGUUAGUCCUUAAUAAAUGCACUUGUAAUGUAAUAGUUCAAAUGCACUACAGCUUAUUUAAGUCUUUUGGGAAUUUAUUAGUAGUUACAAUGAUUCCAAUAUUAAUCAAAUAAACAUUUAACAAAAUCACUACAAUUAUUAUUUUAUCAGUAUAGAAAUGCUGUCUUGUAUUCUCAGAAGCAUAGUUUUAUAUACAAGUGUUUUAUUAAAGAAAUGGUAGGCAAGAAGAGAAAGGAACCAGGUAUAGUAGUACAUGCUUAUUAUCCUAGCACUCAGGAUACAGAGGCAAAGAAAUCCAGUGUAUGUAGUAUCCUGGACUACACAGAAAGUUUCUGUCUCAAAAAAAAAAAAGGUGGGGAGGAAAGGAAAGAUGGUACAUGAAGUUGCAAAUUUGUAGAUAUAAGUCCUGAGAUCUAGGGAAGCUACCUUGCAGUUCUAAUUAAGAGCACUAAACUCCAAUGAAAGAGAUACCUUGAUAGAGGAAGCCAUUCUGGGGUUAGGGAGAAAUUCGGUACUAGAGAAAUUCUCAGGAAUCCACAAAGAUGACCCCUACUAAGACUCCUAGGAGAGGGUGUCUGAAUAGGCCUUCCCCUUUAAUUGGAUUAAUGACUACCCUAAUUAUCAUAAUAGAACCUACAUCCAGUAACUGAUGGAAGCAGAUGUAGUGACCCACAGCCAAGCACUGGUUGAGCUCCUGAUGUUUGGUUGAAGAGGGGAGGAAAGGUCAUAUGAACAUGGAGGGUCAAGACCACAAUGGGAAAAACCACAAAAACAGCUGACCCAAGCUAGAGGCAGCUCAUGGACUAAGGACUGAGAGCUGGGGAACUUGCAUGGGACCAAAUUAGACGUUCUGAAUGUGGGUGACAGUUAUGAGACUUGAUCUGGUGGGGGGGGGAGACUGGCAGUGGUAUUAGAUCCUAUCCCAGGGGCAUCAACUGUCUUUUUGGAGCCCACACCCUAUGGUGGGUAACCUUGCUCAGCCUUGACACAGCGGGAAGGGGUUUGGUCCUGCCUCAACUUGAUAUGGCAGACUUUGUUGACUCCCCCAGGAAGGCCGUCUCCCCUCUCUGAGGAGUGGAUGAAGGUGGUUGAGAAGGAUAGGAAGCAGGGAAGGAGAGGGAGGAGGAACUGGGGUUAGUGUGUAAAAUGAAAAAUAAUUUUUUUAAAUAAGUAAAGAGCACUCAACUCUGAAUUUAGACUGCUUAGCUAUGCAUAUACUCUUAUGAGUCAUGGGACCCUGGAACAAUCUCUGCUUCAAUUUCUUCAUCUACAAAAUGAUACCAUUCCAGGUAUGAGAAUAACUUAAUAAAAUACACAUGCCAGCACAUGGUAUGUGUUUUUAUGUUAGUAGUAACUGGUACCAGCAAAAACGAAUAGCAAAAGUCACAUUAGCAUAAUUAUAUAGGUUUUUAACAUUAUAAUUAUUGUUACUAUUAUGCCUUAAUGUGUUUAUGUUCAUAUAAUACACAAUUAUAAUUCAUGAAAAAUCAGGUCAAAAUUCUACAUUUGGAACCAAGUAAUGGAACUAUUAUUUUCUGUUUUUUCUCACUAAACAUUAUCUCUUUAAAAAAAAAAAAGAAAACUUUCAAGUUCAAAAUGAGUAUGAAGAACGGAAGAAAAGCAGAAUAAAUGCAUCACUAAAUUUCUUUGAUAGCAGCUAUCAGAUAACCUCUAAUGUUAUCAAUACUUUUAAUAUAGUCCAAAGGAUUUGCAUUUAUUCUAAAUUGGAAAAGAUGUGAGCCAGAGCAUGUCCUUCUAUGAACAGCCUCCUAUCAACUCCUCAACAGCAAAACAGAAAAGUUUCCUCCAAACGUUUACCUCAAGGAAGAGCUUGCUGGCCACCUAAGGAGAAUGCAGUAGCAUCCACUCUUCCUUCAGGGGUCAAGUUGAAGUUCAAAUCUGCCUCAAACCCACAGAGCCUCUUCACUGGAGGUCAAGCCCCUUCUAGGGCUCUCGGUACACACUGAGCAAGACACGAAGACCCAGCCAUGCGACCUAACACAGUAGAGUUUCUACCUGGUUCAAUAAAGUUUAUGAAGCCUGCA